CGACAGUGUGUGUGCGCAUGUUCACGUGAGCGGCGGCGGCAGGUCGGCUUCCCCAGGUGUUUGCUUUCAGCACUUGUGCGACGCAGCUCUCACAAUGGCUUACAUCGCCAAGUCCUUCUACGACCUCAAGGCCACCACUCUGGAGGGGGAAACGGUGGACUUCAAUAUUUUUCGGGGCCGAGUGGUCCUGAUCGAGAAUGUCGCCUCGCUCUGAGGCACGACAACCAGGGACUACACCGAGCUGAAUGAGCUGCAGCAGAAGUUUCCCCAUCGGCUCUCAGUGCUGGCGUUUCCCUGCAAUCAGUUUGGCUAUCAGGAAAACUGUGAGAACAAUGAGAUCCUCAACUCCUUGAAGUACGUGCGCCCCGGCAAUGGCUACGAGCCUCAGUUCACCAUGUUUGAGAAGUGCGACGUGAAUGGAAAAAAUACCCACCCAGUCUUUGCAUACCUGAAAGACAAGCUCCCGUACCCCGACGAUGACGCCACCUCCUUCAUGCUCUACCCCAAGUAUAUAAUCUGGAGUCCUGUCCACAGAAGCGACAUUGCCUGGAAUUUCGAGAAGUUUCUCAUUGGCCCAGAGGGAGAGCCCUUCAAGCGCUACAGUAAAAAGUUUAAGACCAUCAACAUUGAGUCUGACAUUCAAAGGCUCCUGAAGCUGGUCAAGUAGAAGGACAAGGAACCCGCAACUCAACUCUCACGCGUCUCAGUUGUCCACCCACUGAGUCGAGGAGGUGGGUUUAUGAGACUGUUAACUGCUUUUUCAUUCUUUUGAAAUUUACUAAAUGAUGGUGCUCUUCUAAAUUAAUUAUGAUUAGUACUUGAGACGCUGUAAAUGUUCAAAAGUUGUGGACUGUGCAGUUGACAACUCUUCUGUUAACCUCUCUACUAGCAAAUAAAAAAAAGCAUAAAAUCAG